CAAACAAGCAACAUGAAAUGAGUUUGACCCAUAACCUCAACGGGAAACUGUUAAGAAUUGGAACUUACAACAAUUACCCGUUGAGUUGGACGAUACAAGAAAGCAAUGGAACUAUCACGGGUCAUGGUGUCGCGUUCGCUAUCAUGGAAAUCUUGCGCCAAAAGUUUAAUUUCACUUUCGAAGUGGUGGUGCCGGAGAAUAACUAUGAAUUUGGUGGCGUCAGACCGGAAAGUUCCCUCAUUAACCUCGUCAACAGUAGUAAAAUAGAUAUGGCGGCAGCAUUUCUGACUCGACUAGUAAAGUUCAAUAAAAUGGCAACAUUCUCAAACGAUUUGGACGAAGGUGUGUGGAUGAUGAUGUUGAAACGACCCAAGGAAUCCGCCGCCGGUUCGGGCUUGCUCGCUCCAUUCGAAACUUACGUCUGGUACCUUAUUAUGGCAGCGGUAAUAUGUUACGGACCCUGUAUAACAUUCCUCACUCGUAUGAAAUCCAAGUUAGUUCGGGAUAAAGAGGGUCCUAUAAAUUUGCCUGCAAGUAUAUGGUUCGUGUAUGGAUCCUUUAUCAAGCAAGGAACUAGUUUGUCACCGGAGGCUAAUACAACACGGGUGUUAUUCGCAACGUGGUGGAUAUUCAUAAUACUACUGUCAGCGUUCUACACGGCCAACCUGACGGCUUUCCUCACACUGUCUAAAUUCACACUGGACAUUGAGAGUCCCAAGGACCUUUACAAGAAGAGCUACAGAUGGGUCGCCGCUGAGGGGGGCGCUGUGCAGUAUACUAUAAGAAACCCUGAAGAAGAACUGUAUUACAUAAAUAAAAUGGUAUCGAACGGUCGAGCGCAGUUUCGGUCAGUGAAGAGAGACGAGGAUUACCUCCCUAUAGUGCGCGCGGGCGCAGUGCUGGUGAAGGAACAAACUGCAAUAGACCACCUGAUGUACGGAGACUACUUGAGGAAGGCCAGAGAAGGAGUUAUUGAGAGUGAAAGGUGCACUUACGUUGUCGCACCGCAGUUCUUUAUGAAGAAACAAAGAGCGUUCGCUUACCCUAAUAAUACGACUUUAAAGAUCCUGUUCGAUACUGUAAUUACGAAUCUAUUGAAAGCGGGUAUAGUUAACCACCUGCUGCACCGCGACCUGCCAGCCACCAAGAUCUGUCCGCUGGACCUGCAGUCGAAGGACCGCCAGCUCAGCAACAGCGACCUCAUGAUGACCUACAUCAUCAUGGCUAUAGGACUGGCCACCGCUGUUGCAGUCUUUAUUGGAGAGGUAUUUAUCAAACGAUCGAAAUGUAUGAAUGGAAAUAUUAAUAAAAACAAGGAUGAUAGACGAAAAAGGAAGAAAUCUCGAGUUAGGUUUGUCAACCAUAGCUACGACGACAGCCGCCCGCCGCCGUACGACUCGCUUUUUGGCGGGAAACAGAACAAGAUAACUGAUAGGGCGCAAAGGAAAAUCAUAAAUGGACGGGAAUAUUUGGUUUUUGAUACCGCAAAUGGUAGUACGAGGCUUAUACCUGUCCGUACUCCUUCUGCGUUUCUUUAUCAAUAAAUAAGUAAAGAUUAAAAAUAGUUUUUAAUUAUUUUGAUUUUAGAAACAGUAAUAUGUAAUGUAG